AUGGCCAUGAUCAUCACGCCUGAUGUUGGCCGCUCCAUGAUGGAGGCCAUCGCGGCUGGUCGUGCCAAAUAUGUCGAGCAGCGUUACAAGCAGGCCCUUGCCUCGUUUACCGAGGCAAUUAAGCACUGCCCAUGUGAAGUCGCAAAGAGGAAAAGGAAACGAGAGGAGCUUGAGGACUUGGAGAACCCAGAGCUCCCCGAACAUACACGAGCACUCCUAGCAAGCCUCACGGCCACCAGAGCCAGACCUCCUCCGCUGGAAUGUCUCAACCCGCUUCACCUCCAAGCCCUCAACUACCGGUCUGGCACCUUCGAAAAGGUACCCGAUAUUCGUCGUGCGCAAGCUGAUGCGCGGCGGAUGAUGGACAUUGCGCCGCGUUCCCCCGAGGGUUAUCUCCGUGCAGCCAAGCUGCUGCGGGCAGAAAACAAGUCAUUAGAAGCCUUCAACGUGCUGACGGAAGGUAUUCUAGCGUGCUUGGAAGGGCCGUUCGAACCAGAGCAUUUACGGAUCCUUGACAAGGCUCGCAAUCCUCUCAAACUCAAGUAUGCCAAGGUCGAUCCUCUCGGUAGCUUUUUGAGUCUUAGUUGGAUGUCAACAGCUCAUCUACCGUUCGAGCUUAUCUGGAACAUAUUUGGUCGUAUGGAUCUCGCAGCGCUAUGUCCUUGUCUGCGCGUCUCAAAAAGUUGGAGGAGGCUGUUGGCAGGUCCAGCAAGCGUGCCCUAUUGGAGGUCGCUGCUGUUCACCGGCGCUUCAAACCCCAGGAAACCCGUCCCAGUAAGAGCUCUGAGGAGGUUACUCUCUUACUCAUCAAACGAUAUUCGAGAGCUCUUGGUAGAGGAUGGUCGAAGGUUCGUCCUGGACCGGAGAAAAUUCGACAUCAUCCUGAAGGCGGGGACCAACCUGGAGCACCUGGAGAUCAGCAACCCGUCUGACGCUCUGAUUGUCACUCAGGUCCCGAAGCAUCUCAAACACCUGAAGCUUGACGGAUUCCAAAGGUUCUUCAAGAGUCAUCAUACAGGCAACGACCCAUAUCGGGCUAUGUUGCUGGCUGUUGCCCCCACACUCGAGACCUUGGAUCUCGCAGGAAUUCCCAGGCAAUGGUUCACCGAUGCGCAGAUACCUAUGAUGCCUAAUUUGAAGCAUCUCAGGCUUUCUAAGGGCAGAGAGCAGCCGUGGGCGUUGUCCGUGGUUCACUUGUUGAGAAGCACGCCGAAUCUUGAGCAGCUGCACGUAGAGGACAUCAACCUCAACUGCAUACUUUCACAGGAUGAGUCCUUUGACAUUUACUGUCUCCCCAAUCUCAAGGCUCUCACAAUCGUUGAUACAAAAGCAUAUGUAUCCCAGACUCAUCACCAGCAACUGGCAUGGAACCAUAAUGUGGCCGCCCUCGAGGCAUAUCGACACUUGAUGGUUUUGAAUGCCGGGAGGAAUCUCAGAGUUUUAGACUUGCACUACGGCUGGGACUACACCGGCCGCAACCUGGAGGCUACCGACAUAUUCGGCCACAUGCACGGGAACCCUGCAUACGAAUACGCAAACCUGGAGGAGUUUCGAGCCUCUAAGUUGGUCGUUUCACCGCAGGUUGCACAGGACCUGUUUGAGGGGCCUAUCAGAGCCGGCAAGCUGCAUUCCUUUGACAUUGUCUUUCCUCUGCCCAAGCUUCAGGAGCCACUCGGGGAGUCCAGCGCGGAGCACAUCAAGAAGUACCAGUGGCUCGAAGGGGCCGAAAGCAUUCGAAGCAUUGGCUUAUACGACUUUUACUUCAAGAGCUACAUCUACAUGGCAGAUCAUCCCCUCAUCAACUUUCUGAACAAGCUCCCAUGCCUGGAGGAAGUGAGGAUCACGUCAAAUCAUUUUGACACGUCUGACUUCAUCGUCACCCUGCGCGACAUCCUCAAUCUCGUAAAGCUCAAGUCAGCCUACAUUCCGCAGAUUUCUGGCAUGGCAUUUGAGAGGAUCCGGGAACUGGCCAAGCAGAAGGGGGUGGAUCUGGUAUGGGAGAAGCGGUUACCCAAGUGGCCGUUGGUCUUGAAGGAGGAUUAG